AUAUAAUUUUCAAAUUUAUUGUUGAUAAAUUUAUUAAAUAAAAGGAUAAAAUGUUUGUUCAUUUACAUUUACGACUGUUCAAAAAUACCGUGUCUGUUUUAAAACAUGGUUCGAAGAAGUAUUUGACAACUGUAUCCAAUGAAAGUCAAAUUGCACAAACUGUGCAUUAUCCAGAAAUAUUGGAUAUGUCUAGAGAAGGUAGAAAAAGGAGAGGGUGGCAAAAAUGGUAUGAUGAAAUUAAAAGACUACCGACUGUUGAGGAAAAACUCUUUAAAAUCAAUAUGCCACGUUAUUAUGGCUGGAAAUCAUUACUUUUGGAUGAACAUUUCAUACCGUAUAAUUCUUUGGAUCACGCUCAAUAUAUUACAAGAACUUAUGUUAUUCCAGAACGAGGAUUACCAGAUUUUUAUAAUAAUGUCAUAACUAAUGAAGAACUUGAAUCUAUUUUGAAUAAUAUUAAAAGCACUAUCGAAGACACCAUUGCAUUUGAAUACUCUAGUAGAAAAAGGAAACACGAAUUAAAGGAAGAAGAAUUAGACAGUAAAGUAAAGAUGGAAGAAGUUGUAGCAAACUCUGUGGUAUAUCAAAUAAAUAGAAUAUUACAAUCAAAUAUUGUUACUAUUAGACCGCAUUUGUUGGAAGCUCAAACAGAUUUUGAUCCUCGCGUUGAAGCAUUUUGGUUUGUUGGUGGAAUAGAACCAUCAGGAUUAACAAUGAGUUCAAGAAGAAGAGGUUGGUUUAAACAUACUGUCAAUGAUCCAGUACAUAAUACUGUACAGUAUUAUGGUAAAUCUGUUCUUCACUUGCGACAUGAUUUUCCUCUGAAUGAAAUUAUGUCUUUGAAAGAAUGCGAAGAUUCUUCUUUCACUGUUCCACAAUACAAGUUAGAUCCUAGGUCACUAGGAUACGUUUUUAAGUAUAAGCAUGCUACAAAUAUACCAGGAUUUUGGCCUGGUGAUCCAUGUGAAUUUGGUCUUUUAUCUUACCAUAAUUGUGCAUAUUUAGCUGAAAGAAAAUUUGAUGAUAAAGAUGAUACUCUUCUUACACAAGCUAUCUUUGCUUCAUAUAGUUGGUUAUUAUCACAAGCUUGUUAUCAAGGUUUUUCAACAUUUCAUGAUCUUACAUAUCCAUUAGUCAAUCAAAUGGCUAUAACGAAUGGCCAAUACUGGUCAUUGUAUGUUUAUCAACUUAAUACUACUCUACUGCAUUCAGAGAAUUCCGAUGAAAAUCCAAGACGUAAUAUAUGUUGGGCUAAAGAUUCUGUUAAAUUAUUUGAUAAAGUUGAAGGUGAAAAAGUUCAUGGCUUGAACACUGAUGUUCUUAAAUCUUUAAUUAAAUUUUAUGCUAACACUCCGAUGAAAAGAAAUAUUAACAUGAAACCAUAUUUGGGACAAUAUGUUCAAAAAAUAGCUGACAUUAAAUCUGACAUACGAAGAGAUUGGUUGGAAAGAUAUUAUAAACAUCUUGUAACGAAUAGACCACGUCAUAGACAUGCACCAGAGAUAUACGAUUGGCAAAAAAUUUAUCUUAUUGAUAAUAAAAUGUGUCCUCUGAUGAAAAAGAGACAUCCGUUUCAAUUUGGAAUUGCUGUUACACGGCGUAGAUUGGAUGAUCAUGCUAAAAAAUGGAUACCAAGACGUUUUAGACCAAUUCCAACCAAGAAGUUUGGUAAUUACGAACACACCUAUUACCCAUAAAGUUGAAAUAACGUGUUGUCUUUUUCUUUUACCUUAAGAUGUAAAUAAUAUUUCACUUUAAGAUUUGUGUUCAUAUAAAUAUU